UUCAACCCGCAGAUGCUGUUCGCAUGGACCAUCAGCCUUGUCCUGCUGGCCACCGUCAGAGGGAAAGAAGUCUGCUAUGACCACCUUGGCUGCUUCUCCGAUGAAAAACCAUGGGCAGGGACCAUUCAACGGCCUUUGAAGCUAUUACCCUCAUCCCCCAAGAGCAUUAACACUCGGUUUCUUCUGUACACAAAUGAAAAUCAGAAAAACUACCAACUGAUCAGUGCCACUGACCCAGCCACCAUCGAAGCUUCCAACUUCAACCUGGACCGCAAGACACGCUUCAUUAUCCAUGGCUUCCUAGACAGCGGGGAGACGAACUGGCUGACGGAAAUGUGUGAGAGAAUGUUCCAGGUGGAGAAGGUGAACUGCAUCUGCGUGGACUGGAAGGGCGGCUCUCGGACGGACUACAGCCAAGCGGCUCAGAACAUUCGGGUCGUGGGCGCAGAGAUCGCUUACUUAGUGCAAGUGCUGUGGACGAAGCUGAGCUACGAGCCGGUGAACGUGCACCUGAUCGGCCACAGCUUGGGCGCGCACGUGGCGGGGGAGGCAGGCCGGAGGCUGGAAGGGCGCGCGGGCAGGAUCACAGGGCUGGAUCCAGCAGAACCAUGCUUCCAGGGCACACCCGAGGAGGUUCGACUGGACCCAUCUGACGCCAUGUUUGUGGAUGUAAUCCACACAGAUAUUGCUCCCAUAAUUCCCUCCCUUGGUUUUGGGAUGAGCCAAAAGGUGGGCCAUCUGGACUUCUUUCCAAAUGGAGGAAAGGAAAUGCCUGGAUGUGAGAAAAAUAUCAUUUCGACCAUCAUUGAUGUCAAUGGAUUCUGGCAAGGAAUCAGCGACUUGGUCGCUUGCAACCACCUACGGAGCUACAAGUAUUAUUCCAGCAGCAUCCUCAACCCCGAUGGCUUCCUGGGCUAUCCCUGUGCGUCCUACAAGGAGUUCCAGGAGAAUGGCUGUUUUCCUUGUCCGGCCACAGGAUGCCCCAAAAUGGGGCACUAUGCUGACCAAUUUCAGGAGCAAAUCAGUGGUGUGGAACAAACAUAUUUUCUGAACACAGGAGAUAGUGGGAACUUUACCCGUUGGAGGUAUAAGGUAUCAGUCACACUAUCUGGAGAAAAGGAACUGAAAGGGCACAUCAAGAUUGCUUUGUUUGGAAGGAAUGGAAGCUCAAAACAAUAUGAGAUCUUUGAGGGAUCCCUCAAACCGGAUGCCACACUUACACGUGCCAUUGACGUGGACCUCGAUGUUGGAGAAAUCCAGAAGGUUAAGUUCUUCUGGAAUAACAAUGUGAUAAAUCUCCUCAGGCCCAAACUGGGGGCUUCCCAUGUCACAGUGCAGCGUGGUGAAGAUGGGGCCGAGUUUAAUUUUUGCAGCUCUGACACUGUGAAAGAAGAGGUCCUACAAUCUCUUUCCCCUUGCUGAAAGCACAGUGCGGCUUUUGUCUCUUCGUAAUAAAUUGCUGAGUGCACUUGGUCUGA